GUAGGUAUCCAGCAAUUCGGCGCUGAAAAGGAAGACGCCAAGCGUUAGACAGGCGGUGCAGUGGCGGGGGGGACAGUUGUGUGAACAGAAACGGCGUCUUCGUUGUUACUCUGCUUUCGAGCACUGUGACAAAGACCAGAGUUUGAAAAAUGGCUGAUAAAGAUGGUAGGUUCGCUUACAGUACCAGGCGUAUCAAACCUCAGUCGUUUUCCUCGUGUGUCGCUUUGUGAGCUCACUACGGCGGCUCGACUGUGCCAUACGUGCUAGCACGACAGCUAACAUAUCCAGACGGGAAACUUGUAGGUUUAUUAGUCUUUUGGUCUAAAGACAAGCUUAUAUAAAGUCUUGAACCCUUUAAUUCUUUAUACACUCAGUGCUUCAAAUCUUAGUUAGCUGCUAAGUCAGAAGGUUGCUGUAGUGGACGGUUGUAACAGUUCUCAGUCAGGGAAACACAGUAGAUCAUUGAAAUACCCUCAGCACCUCAUUAUUAUGUUUCUUCACGCUUUAUCAUUCACCAAGUACCAUUACACGCCAUCAUUCACAGUUUGGGGGGGGCACUCUAGGGUCUGUCAAAAUAAAGACCAUCAGUACCAAGCUGGUUUUACUGGUUUACUGUGUGUAAACGAACACAGAAUGAAUUUAUGUAUACAAUCCCAAACUUGGUCCACCACCAUUUUAAGUAACACAAGGCUUUGUCUGCUCUGCUUCAGUGUAUGAUGAUGCCGUGGAGGAGAGGGUCAUCAAUGAAGAGUACAAGAUCUGGAAGAAGAACACACCUUUCCUGUACGACCUGGUGAUGACCCACGCGCUGGAGUGGCCCAGCCUCACAGUCCAGUGGCUUCCAGAUGUUAACAGGUACUUGAAAUCCUUCUAACACGCUUUUGAAAAUUUCUUAGGAACAAUGUCAGGUCUUGUUUUCAAGCCGAUUUUUCUUUUUCCAGAACCAGUCCGUCAAAGCAGAUCUGUUUAAAAAAUUGACAGUAUUAAGAUGGUUUUGAGCUCUUUGCCACCUGAAUACAUCUACAUACAGCUGCGUCUUGUUCAAAUUUACCAAUAUUAUACAGUCCAGGUCAUACUUUGAUAUACUUAAGUGCAAGUAUUCUACAAAUAAAUUCUAACCUUUGCAUUAUCACAAAGCUCUUGUACUUAUUUUGUGUAUUUUUACAUAUGAAACAGAGGUUAACAUGUUUAGUAGUUGAAUGAAUAGUCUGUUUUCUUUUUCUCUUACCGACCACUGUCUUUGGGCGCAGGUGACCUCUGACACUUUUAGGGAUGGGAAUUGACAAGAUUUUAUCGAUAUCAAUGCCAUUAUCGAUUCUGCGUAUCGAUUCAAUUCUUUAAUGAUUCCCUUAUCAAUGCCUUUCUUCGAUUGGGAAAAAAAAGUAGACUAUAGGUUUUAUGGUCACGUCACUAUUCAAGUCAUGUCACUACUUUGGAUCUUUGCAGGCCGGAGGGGAAGGACUACAGCGUUCACAGGCUGGCUCUAGGGACUCAUACAUCAGAUGAGCAGAACCAUCUCGUGAUUGCCAGCGUCCAAGUACCAAAUGACGACGCGCAAUUCGAUGCCUCGCACUAUGACAGCGAGAAAGGAGGUAAAUACACCCUGUCUGAAUGUGAAGUACCUGAAAGUUUGCUUGUUAGCACUGUAAAGACGUCUGUAAGGUCAGGAGGGUUAAAAAAAUGAAAUGUAUGUAGAUAAUGAGCUGUAUUAAACGAGAUAAAAGAGGCGGGUAUCAACCGCAGUCUGUGUCGGAGACUAGUCUAGUAUUUGAUCAGACAUUUAUGGUGAGGGCAUUGAUUUAUCAAAGUAGGACUCAUGCUGACACUGUUUAUUCUCUCUUCCAGCAGGUAUGUUAAUGAGCGCCACUGUGACUAUAAGAGUACCAAAGGAUCACGUCUUCUAUGUUGUACUGUCUGAGGUAGUUUGUAUAUGCUAGUGUGGCAGCUGAACAAUUCCAAGGUACAGUUCUUGUACAAACCUCAUUACACACAAAACCCGUCAAGUAAAUGCAUCAUGAGAGAGAGUACACGUUUUAGUGUUUUAAAUGUUGGUUUGAGACUUCCUCCUCUGUCAGAAACUCUCUCCUUUCAGCCAUUUAAACAAAUUUCAUUACAAAUUUAGCUGAAUUGCACUAGUUGUUGAAGUCAAGUAACAGAAAAGAGAAGAGAGACAGAUAUUCAAGCAAGAAUCAACAUUCAGGACUGAUCCAGUGAUCCUACCUGCUGAUUAUAUUAUGUGUUGGAUGACAGUUGAACAGAGAAAUGAAUCACACACAUAUAUAUAUAUAUGCAAUAACAUGCAAUAACAUUUAGUUAAAAAAAAGCUCCCUGUUAAAGUGAAGCAGGGUCAAAGCUACAGAAGCCAGUCUGGAUGAACCACAGUCUUGAUGUAAUUUCUCGUCAGAGUUUGGUGGAUUUGGUUCGGUUAGUGGGAAAAUCGAAAUUGAGAUCAAGAUCAACCACGAGGGAGAGGUGAACCGAGCCCGCUACAUGCCCCAGAAUCCCUGCAUCAUCGCCACCAAGACUCCCACCUGUGAUGUGCUGGUCUUUGACUACACUAAGCACCCUUCCAAACCAGGUUGGACCAUCACUGUGCUUGUUUACUUUGAAAUAAAUACAUCCAAAUGUUGCUGUUCAUGACUCACAUCGCAAGGGUUGUAAACAGGCUUUAUUCGUGUGUUUCAGAUCCCAGUGGGGAGUGUCAUCCUGAUUUGAGGCUGAAAGGCCAUCAGAAGGAGGGUUAUGGCCUUUCUUGGAACUCCAACCUUAGUGGAAAUCUCCUCAGUGCCUCAGAUGACCACGUAAGUGACUGAUGAAGUGACCACUGUUAUGAGCAGAGCACUUUCCAGCAUUUAACAAGUUGCAGUGGCGAGGUAGCACCUCCUUUUAAACAGGCAGAAACCAUGAGCAGAACCAGACUCAUCUUGAACAGCCAUCAAAUACAACCAAGUCAGAGUUUGAAGGGAGAUGGGGGGAGGUGCAAAAAAGAGAAAGAGGGUCAGCAACAAAUUAAAAAAACGGGGUGCUGCAAUUUAUCAGAUUUACUCAUAUACAUAUAUAUAUAUAUAUAUAUAUAUAUAUAUAUAUAUAUAUAUGCAAUGCCCCUCUUACUGCGGACAACACACUCCCCUACUCAUCCAGAAAACUGCUGUAUGUGUGUCUGUUUUUGUAUCAAGAGAGGGGGCACAGAGAGAAAAAAACAAGACCCUAUACAAGCUCAGCAGCACUCCCAGAGGCUCCCCCACAAGUUACCAGUGAUCUCUUGUGAUAGGAGUUUGCACUUCCACUUUAAAUUCAGAUUGAUAUGUCCGUCCCAUGUUCCUCUAAUUGGCUUUACACAACACUAGAUGAUGAUUAAAACUUUCUUGGCCACUGUGGUGAAGGCUGCUCUUUCUCUCACACACGUUUUUCACUCAAAUGGAAAAAUCCAACAAAAGUGAUGAUCUGAAUCAUCACAAGGGUGGUAUUUUAUGGAUUUAAGGGUAAAAUAUAAUGUUGAAAAUAUACGGUAUUGUAUUAUAUUGUAUUGUAAUACAACAAAAAAACUCUGUGAAGAAAGACGUGGAAGAAAAAAACUGUGUUUUCCAGCUCAUCACCAGUCAGUUAUAAUGUGUCCCCCCUUUACUGGGUUUUCCUCCUCAGACCAUCUGUCUAUGGGAUAUCGGCUCUGGCCCAAAGGAAGCGAAGGUUUUGGAUGCCAAGACCAUCUUCACAGGCCACACAGCAGUGGUGGAGGAUGUUUCCUGGCAUUUGCUCCAUGAAUCCCUUUUUGGCUCAGUGGCUGAUGACCAGAAACUCAUGAUGUAAGUACUUCAUACAAACGAACGGGCAUGCUGUCGCCUGAUAUUGUGAAUGUGGAGAGUGGAUUUGUCAGGUUAGUGAUGAACACCUUUUUGUUUUUCUUUUUAAAAAUGUUCUCCCUGCUGUGUCUGCCUCCUCCAGAUGGGACACUCGGUCCAACAACACAUCCAAAGCUAGUCACUCAGUAGACGCUCACACUGCUGAGGUCAACUGCCUGAGCUUCAACCCUUACAGCGAGUUCAUUCUGGCCACUGGUUCAGCUGAUAAGGUAGACAACAAACAAACAUACAUGUUCAAGUGUAAAAUGAUCAAGCGUAUCAAACAGGAGAUACCUAAGUGUGUUUGGUUUCCUCUCAGACUGUUGCAUUGUGGGACCUAAGGAACCUCAAACUGAAGCUCCACUCCUUUGAGUCCCACAAAGAUGAAAUUUUCCAGGUAAGACUCUAAAGUUGUGUUCAAGUGAUGUUGACUUAACAGUGAAAACUUAACAGGAGUGCCUUCACACUCAGAUGUAGUUAGUCUGAGGAGCUCCUGGAGGAGGGAUGAACGGAGACAGUUUCCUGUUUAAAAAUGGACACAGCUGAUUAGACUUUUUUACAUUUGAUCCAUGUUGCUGUUGCUGUGUUACCGUUUGUUUACUGACCAACUGUCUGCUUGAACAGGUUCAAUGGUCUCCUCACAAUGAGACAAUUCUGGCUUCCAGCGGCACUGACCGACGUCUCAAUGUCUGGGAUCUCAGGUAAAACUUCCCCCCCUUACCUCUAUAAACAAGUGCAUUAUAGUGAAUUAGACCUCCCAUCAGUGUGGCACGGAGACAGCCAGCUUGUUGUUGUAAGUCCAGAUUGCUUAGAUGGCAGCCUUCAGUCCGUUUUGGGUGUUCCUCAAUUUUCCUCCUAACAAAUAUUGCACAGAUUCUCUGUGGAGGUCAGGUGAGGCAAGGUAGCUGGCCUAUCAGGAAGAUCAUGGUCAGUAAACCUUUUGGGAGUAGUUUUGGUGCUGUGGGUGGGUGCUAAGUCCUUCUGAAGCUUCUGAUGAGAGCAUGAAGGUCUCUAAAAUCUGGUAGACUUUAGGCUCUGGUAGACGCUGUCUCUUGUUCAGGAGUUCUUGUUGCAGGGGUCUCUCCGUGGUGGCUCUUUAUGCUUUGACUCCAGCCCUUGUGAAGCUCCUCGAAGUUCCUGGGGCUGCAUUGUUUGUCAGUCCUCUCAAGGCUGCUCUCAUCUAUGUUGCUCGGUCAACUUUCCAAGAAUCUGCUUCCAUAAAGCGCACUGAAUGGCCAGCCUUUGUUUAAAGCUGACUACACCAAUCCAGAUUUGUGUUUCCUUUUAUUUUCCAGUAAAAUCGGCGAGGAGCAGUCGGCAGAAGAUGCUGAGGAUGGUCCACCAGAGCUGCUUGUAAGUUCACUGUCAUACUUAAUUUAUUAUGAGAUGUUGAGUUAUGAUAGCAGCCAUAAAACUUGACCAUCUUUGUAGGUUCUCAAUUGCUCAGGUCAGGGCUGAAGGGCAACUGGACUUGCUUGAGGUUCUUGAAGAGGCGAAACGUCUUCAAGAACCUCAGGCAAGUCCAGUUGUCCUGAAAGUGUUUCAAAUCUCUUUCUCAGUUCAUCCAUGGUGGUCACACAGCCAAGAUCUCUGACUUCUCCUGGAAUCCCAAUGAACCCUGGGUCAUCUGCUCAGUGUCGGAGGACAACAUCAUGCAAGUUUGGCAGAUGGUAAAUAGAGCUAAAGUUGCUUUGUAGUAACUUCAAGAGAAGAUAUUUUAGUACAGGUGCAUUGAUGUUUUGUCCUGUCGCCCAAUUUUCUCUCACAGGCUGAGAAUAUCUACAACGACGAAGAGCCGGACAACACGCCCGCAUCUGAGCUGGAGGCACAGGGAUCCUAACCCUGCUGUCAGUAGCCUUCCUCUCCUCCCUGAGCUCCAGACCCCAGCCCAGCCUAUCGUUACCCUCACUGGCUUAUGGAGUGCAAAUGACACGUCUGCUCUGUGCUUGAAUGAACUGUAUGGAGAGUUCCAGACAGCAUGGACGCCGCUCUUCCUGCUUACACUUAGAUAUGUCCCAGAUACACACAGGAACAGUCUGAAAAAAGGUUCUAGAUGUUGAGGUUGUCCUGUCUCUUUUGUUUCGAAGGACCUUCGACACCUAAAGCAAUUAACCUGAGUGUGUGUGAAAGUCAAUGUAAGGUCUCAUUCUGAGCAGUUCUCAAAGGGCUAACGCAGGUCAAGGUUUUACGUCGAAGCUUGACUUGGAAGUAUCUAGAAAACCACUUAAAGGCUGCAAGUAUGAAAGGAAACCCAAACCAUGAGAAAUUAUGAACAAUGGCGUUGAAAUGACUUGUAGUGAAUCAAGUCUAGGCCUGUAGUACAAAUGAUGUUCAUGUCCUGGAAGCCUCUUUUUCGAGCCAUGUUUCCACCUGUUGAGCACUUGUGUCUGCUAUUUUUGUUACCUAGUGUUGUAUUUUGCUGAUAUUCAUAAAGACACAUUCCCUGCUGUUUUAUCUUGUUCACACGGUACUCGUCAGUGAGUGUUCAGCUGGAGUGAAAAGUGGGGGAGUAAAUGAGUGUAGUUGAGGGAAAACUUUUUUCCACUUGUGUGCUCUGUGAAGAAGUUGAGCUGUCUCGUUUUCUUUGACUAAAAUUGCAAUAAAACUUUUUUAACUUUUGGAAAAAGCUUCUUUUAUCCAAGUUUGUCUUUUCUAUGAACGCUCCAACAGCCUCCCAUGAUUGAGGGCUUGCUAAACUCUCAUUGGUUCACAUCUGGAAAAAAAUGCUGCAAACUACGAGUGACGCCUCCAGCACAGAAAAUGACACCAGACCUGAUGAUUUAGUGGAAUGAGGAAAUGUACCACAGUUUUGCAAAUUCUACAAAGUGUUUAUUGAAAAGCAAGACAGGACUUUUAAGAACAUUGUACAAUCAAAGAGGGGAUGUGGGCUCAUCUGUUUUUUUUAGUAAAAAAUAAAGCUCUCCAAAGCUAUGGUGACUCAUGCGUCUUCUUUCACAGUUAGUCUCUCCUGCAGAGGUAGAUUCUGACUUUACCUGAGAGUCAGUCUGGGCCAAAGAAAGAGGAACAGAUGCUGAAAAGUCUCCCCUUAGUGGGCGUGACCAGACUUGUCCUCUACUCUAAGAAAAUCAUGCACACAGCACUUGACCCUGUUCGUGUUCCCAUCAGCUUCGUUUCUGAAUCCUUUUAAUGUGAACAUGACGGGAGAAGUUUAGAGCAGAAGUCGCUGAUCGAAUCGGACUGUACCAUCAGUCACUGACGGCCUUUCUUAGCUGCUAAGUGUACAACUGAAAAAGAAAAGCUGGAAGUAUUACCUGUAUGAUUCUGGCAGACUUUACCCUAUUACUGCAUUCAAAAGAAAGGCUACGAGCUGGUGAGCCCAAAGGUAGACUGCUGCAGGAACAUGCUCCUUCACUACGCUUUGGUGAGCUGUGUACAAUCUCAGAGGGGGAGAAAGAAAGCGACACAAUGGUCUUGGAUCAAUCAAGUUAAACUAGGAUUCCCAAAAAGAGGGCAGAGACAACAAUUUAGGGAGACUGGCGUAAAAAAUCAUGUGCAGUCCUCAUGGUAUCUGGCCUUUAAAAGUGAUAUUCAGGCGUAAAUUUAUGUUGUGGUCAAACACACUGAAACAUCAAGUUAGACAACCCCUUGAAAGAUGAAUGUUGCCGACCACUUGCUUCUCUAGUUAUACUAACUCUAGUAACGACCGCACGAUAGCAAUACACAGCGGGUUAUGUCUUCACUCACAAACCUCAACCAAAAAGCCACUUUAUAGCCACAAAUAAUGCUCAGAACAGCACCUAACUUCAUCAACAGUAAAUAUAGGGUCCCAGCCAUAGUACUAGCCUUCAAACAUCUUUUUAGCUGCGAAACUCCACUGCACUCUGUGAUCUUGUCAGGGCUCCCCCACAAACAAGCGGCUGCUGGAAGAGAGUAGGUGAGUUGCGUUUAGGUUUUUGCUAAAGAAAUAAAGCAAAGCUAAAAACACGUUUGGUGGCUAGUACUAUGGCUAGGACCCUAUAUGUACUGUUGAUGAAGUUAGGUGCAUUUGUGGCUAUAGAGUGGCAUUUUGGUUGAGGUUUGUUUAUGGCUCCUCAGACUGCUGUGUAUUGCUAUUGUGUGGUCGUUACUAAAGUUGGUAUAACUAGCGAAGCAAGUGGUUGGCAACAUUCAUCUCUCGAGGCCUGGUUGUCUAACUCGAUGUUACGGUGUGUUUGACCGUAACCUAAGUUUACACCGGAAUAUCCCUUUAGCAGGCCAACAAAAGAACCUAUUAAAGUGCCCAAAGAGAAAAGCUCAGUGACAAUGGAAAGUACAGAGAAGAUGGGAGUGUUCAAGUCUAAUGUAAGAGGGGAAUCACAGGAUGGGGUCAAAACAAUAUCAAAACGCCGAUCACAUUCAUUUUUCUUUGUGUCUUUAAGACAGGUUUGGGUCAGUGGUUCUAAUCUACUCAAAUGGUCUGACCUGGAAAUCGGAGUCGUUGGGACAUUUUGCACUUGUGUGGUGACGCAUGGUGGAAUUGACGAGUACUGGAGCUCUCAAUAGGCUUAGAGCAGAUCAAAGAGGACUGUCGCCAUUUUGUAGUCAAACUUGUGAAUGAGUUUUUGGUCUGCGUGAUCUGGAUUCUUGGAUUGGCUUUUGUCCUCAGCACUGAGUCCUGAAUAUACCAAAGGCUUCUUGAUGAUCUUGAGUUUGCAGGUAGUUUUACCACCUUGAUGGACAGGUACUGUGGCUCACCAACUCUCUGACUACGCUUCACACUAACACUGACUUCUUCAUGUCCACAUGUUGAUUAAUAUUGCUGUGACGCUUUCAAAAGCUUCAACUUGGUCAACAUAUAGCAUGAUGUGAUGAGAAAAAAAUGCCCUCAAUGUGAAAUGAGCCCAAGAACGAAUUUGCAGAUGCUCUACAAAACAUCUCUUUCCUUUUCCAGCUCUCCACGUGCAAUUCUGACUCCAAGGCUAGAAUAAUGUCAAAGUGGCCUGUGGCAGUAUCCAUGUGAUACACCUCUCUGUGGAUUUCAUCCAACCAGAACUUUGUUGAGGACAAGACGACAGGGGAACAGAGCAUGAGAGAGAGACAAUGAAAGGCUAAUUCCCUUAUGAAAAUACAGUCAUAGUAGAAAACAAAGAGUAAAACUGCUCACCAUAAAGCCAAUUUUAACAACCAAUGUAAAUAUGGGCAAAGUUUAACAAGAGACUCUUUGAUACAGUCGUUACAUUCUUCUUUACCUAUCGCACAAAAACAGAAGGGUUGGGGGUUAAAUGGAAAGACCUGGAGAGACCAGUCUAAAAUUAAAAAAGAAACAAAGAAAGAAAGAAAUCUCUACCUCCAUCAAAGACAACUUUUCUGCUGUUAUGGAACUAGGCUGGAGGUGUGUGGAGCUUCACACACCAACCGUCUCAGUCCUGCUGUGUGGGCGGUGUGUCUGCUGGCUGGCUGGUCGAUGUCGUCAUAGCAGUAGUGCUUUUGUCAGUAGCAGCUGGUGUUGGGUCUUGUUCAGGUGGUCUGGGAGACUGGUGGAUGUUCUCUGUCUCGGGCCCGCUGUCCUGUUCCAGAUCUUCCUCAUCUUCAUCCUCAUCUUCUUCAUCUGCCUCCCCUGUUGGAGGCUCCUGCAGCUGGGCUUCAGGAGCUGUGGUCCCUUUGUCUCCUUGCUCCUGGAGGAAGCUGAGACGGUUGUUCAGAUCGUUCCUCUCCUUCUGCAGGGCCCUGCACAGCCUCUCCAGCAGCUCCAGCUUCCCCUGCAGUGCCUUAAAGUGGCCGUCACGCAGGGUUUUCUAUGACAAGAGCCAACAUUUCAUCAAUCAAUCAAAGAGCAUCAUUGACAGAGCUUUGGCUCACAUGCAGUAGUCUUCAGACUGACCAUCAGAGAGAAACAGUUAAAGACCCACUCCGAUGAAAAUCAUGUUUUUCUUGUUGUCUGCAUGUUCAUAUGGCAUUUUUCUGAUGCUACAGGACAUAUCAUGAGAAAAAUUAGUGCGAAAUCACAUUUCUGAGUAUCUUCUUUCAAAUCGCUGUGAAUCUCUGGCAGACCUAGACGGCAGGCUCAGACACAGUGGGAUUUCCUAUGUCACAAACCCAAGCUCCGCCCCCAGAGCCCCGUUAUGCAGGCCAGAUUCUGAGAAGUAGAGAGGACGAUCACAGAACAAGCGUGUGCGGAAAAGGAUUGCAAUACUUGUAAUAAAGCUAAUUAUGAUAUUAACUUUCAUCAUGUCCACAAAGACAUUAGUGUCAGAGAGUUGAGUAGCUCCUAUGUUACCUGCUACACUGGCAAUGUUAGGCUGCAAGCUAGCGUGAAGAGGAGUGUGCAGAGCAGCGCUGUCUCCGCCCACGACUCAGAGGCAUAUUGCUAAUGAGCUACUGGAGCUACGCAGAAGAAAAGCUCUUGAAAAUGACACGGAUAAUGUGAUUUUGGCUAAAAUCUUUAUAUUCACAAUUUAAAGACCACUGAGAACACUUUAAGUAGUAAAAAAAAAAAAAAAACAACCUCAGUGGGACUUCAAAGAAGCUUGUUGGAGAAAUAAAACAAAGGCCUGGUCUUCAUAAGUCUAAAAAAAAGCUGUCAAACUGAUGGACUCAUUCAAAAGAAAUACAAUAACACAUCUCUCUUUCUCUAUAUAUUGAUAAUUAUGAACAUGUUCAUGUUGUUGGGUUCAGUUUGACCCUAGGACAGCACCAGGGUGGCUGUUUACCCCCAAUUCAAUCCUGAUGGAGACCUGAGCCCAGCUCUGACCUGUGUGAAUGCUCAAACCCACCUCCUCAGCCAUCUGCAGCAGGGCCUGGUUGUUACUCUCCCAUUUGGUCCUCCAUUGUGUCGUUUCCUUUUCAAGCUUCUUGAUCUUCUUGGUCAUCUGGAGGUUAAAUCAAACCAGUUAAGAGUCACUGGGAGACGAGUGACUUGAGUCAAUAACAGACAAUGAGCCGUGUCUUGCCCUCACCUUCUCCAUCUCUUGUCUAAAAGUGGUGAAGACCUCGUUGCUUUUGGCCAGAGUGCUCUGAAACUCCUCAAACUUGUCCAUGUACAGGGAGAGCUGGGACAGACAAGAGCAGACACUUUCAGAUCUCUCAGCCAGGAGAUGAAAGAGAAGCUGAACAAAAGCUCUCAACAAUAAUAAAAAAAAUCAUAUCAGUUUGGACUCUGUCUUAAAUGUUACAAAAAAAAGAUGGUUUAGUUUAGCAAAUGGUUGCAACUGUUUCAUUGACAAAAGUCCAACAACAACAUUGAGAGUGAAAAAUGUUUGUGUUGAUGAAAAUCAUAAGCUCAUUUAAAGAUGGACUCUAACAGGAUUUCAAACAGCUGGGCAUAUUUACUGUUGUGUUGCUUCUUCUUUUACCAAAUAUUUUGGAGACAUGUCGACCAGUUUCUGGACUUAUCAUCACAGUGAAACAUUCCAUUAUUGUCUGAUAUGUGAUUUGAGGAACCCGACAGCUCAGGGUCUUCUUUUUCAUGAUAUUGUCCUAUGAUGCUUCAUAUGUGGAGUUGUAUAUUCCGGAUGGGGAACCACAGUGUUUUUGUCUUUAUUUCCGGUGUGUGUGUGUGUGCAUCUACCUGUUGCUUGAGCUGUGUUUCCUGCUCCUUCAUCAGCUCACACUUGUGUCUGGACUCCGUAGCGUCCUUCAGUAGCUUCAGAAUCAACAUACAACACAAUGAGGGAGAAAGUUGACACAGUUAACCUCUGCUCAGCUACUAACAAUGACCUGGUUGUAAAACAUAAAUAAACAACAUAACUUGUGAGAUAACAUGAGAUAAACCUUAACUUGUCCCGUCAUGGGGACAUUUUUUUAUGGUCUGUGAAAAUAAGCACAGAGAUACUCACAAAGUCUCUCUCUCUUUGCUGCUUCUCCUCGACUUCCUUCAUCAUCUCAGUGAUUCUCUGCAGCUUGGCAUCCAUCAGCUGCUGCUGCAGCUCCUUGUGCUUAAAGACCUUGUCUAUAUGCUGCAAUAGAGACACGUGAGAAGAACUGAAUAGGGAAAGUUUGGCACCAACAGACGAGCUAAUGGCAGCAUGACUAUUUCUUUUUUUUUUAGGGCUCCAGGACCAAAGGUGUGAGGACUCUACUGGAAUACAAGGAAUUACCGCUAUUACACCGUCAGCCAAAUAAGCUGCUUUUAAACAUGCCAUAAAAAGAUGAAUUUUCAAACUCAUGGGCAUGCCUGAAAUUUACAUAUUUAAUGGUCUCACAAAAAGCUCUUGGCACUCCCUAGAAGUAGCUCUGCUGUGACCCCUGAUUGGAGGUAGAUUUUUCAUUCGUAGCGCCUCUUACGCCCGGCUGUAUAUAAAGCAGCACAUGAACAUGCGUGCAGCCCUCUUUGUACUGUUUGCAAGACAGCUUCAGUUGAUUUUUCUAAUCUUAAGUAGGGGGGGGGGGGUAUACCUCCUCUCUGCGCUCAUACUGCUCAAUGAGUUUCUUCAGCUUCUCGGCCAGCUCCAUAUUCUCCUGUCUCAGCUUGGCGUUGUGGGAGCUGUGCUGCUCCAUCUGCACCUCGAUAUCACUCAGGGUCAUCUGGAAGUGCAGCAUGGCCUCCUUCCGCUGCUCCUCAUACUCCCUGGAGCGCUGAGCAUUUUCCUCCUGUCAGGAAACAAGGGUGGAAAUAGGAGGAGCUCAGUGGGGACUAAAAGAAGCUGAGCAGAGAGAGGGAAAACUGUUCCAUUCACACCAAGGACAGAUUCAAUCUUAAUAAAUAUUGACACUGUUAUCAUUUCUCUAGUGGUUCAUUGAUUAUGUCCGCAGGGAUCUACAUAUGGAUCAAUUGUUUGCCUUGUGAUAGGGCUGAGCUGCCUGUGAUUGACCAGCAAAGUCAGCUGAUGCAAACAACACCCAUAAAUCCAGCUGUGGUUGGACUGAGGUGUACCUUCAGUGUCUUGUUGUGUCUCUGCAGCUCCCUACAGAGACUCUCCAGCUUGCUGCGUGCCAGGAUAGCCUUGCUGUGCUCCCCCUGCAGGUGGACCUUCUCCUUCACAAUCUGAGAUUGCUUCUUCUGCAGGGCUUUCAGACGCUUCUGCAUGGAGCGGCUCUCCUCCAGCUGAAAACAUUCAAAGAUUUGAUUAUGGUUCAGCUCGCUACUUUUCUUGAACACAUAAACAAUGUAUUCUUGAGGAAAAAUUACACGCUGUUAGUACAUAGUACAUGUCCUUCACAUCAAGGAGCUGUUAAAAGUUUCAAGCAUUUACCCUUUUGAGACUUCUAGUCUGGAAAAGUUCAGAGGUUCUCACCCAUAAAGUCUCCCCUGCCGCAUGGACUUAGGGGUGGUCAAGCAGCUGAUUGUGCUGUCGCACAGACGCUGCUAACGCUGUCAUGCUUAACAACCGCAUUUCAGAUCAGGACCACUGACCCCUUCCUGUGAUUCUUCUAAAGGUUUUCAUUUACUUUCAGUCAUUUCUGUUUCCUCCUAGCCCCAAAUAUACGUGUCUGUUUGCAAACCCACCACUGCUGUCUCAUUGUCAGUGACUGCAAUAAAGUUUGCUCAAAGUUUGUGUUCGCUUUCACAGUGGUGUUUUACUUUUGUACCAAUGUGACGAGUAAUUAAACAUAUCCAUUGUAUGAACAGUGCAGUGAAACAAACAUGCUGAAAAGGACUUGCAGGUUUAAGACCAUCUCAAGAACUUUACUGUGAUUUUUCUGAUCCUGUCACACACUGCUCUUCCAGGCUCAAAAUAAUGUUUCCCAAGGAGAUGUGCCGUUAAGCGGCUCUAGCUUGUCCCUCAUGGGAUUGUUCUUAGAUCAGGGACAACACAACAGAGGUAAGCUUCUUUGUACGUCUUAAUGAUGGACUGUGUAAUAGAGGAUCAGCGCAUGUUCCUACACCCACCUCUGUCAAUGCAAAUGAAGAGAGUAGUGGUGUGAUAUGGAGCGAUUCCUUCCUGGGAGUAUAAUCUCAUAGGAGAUAUUGAUGCCCUGAAUUACAUAUCUCCUAAAAUGUUCAAUAAAAGGGUCAUACUAGCGCACAGAAACAUCAUACUUAAAUGUUUCUCUGUUUAUAACCUGACAACUUUGAUCAAAAGCACAAACUGACUUCAUUUUUUAUUGAUUUACACCACACCAACAUUUUAGCUCUGACUGGGUGAGACAUCCGCCCGCUCCUCCUGCCACCACCAGCAGAAGACUUGCUGUUUGUUUCUACCCAGGCUUUACCCAGGAUACCAAGGGAGCUAGCAGGAAGUGUUACGGGUGAAAUCAGGGUGAGAAACUCGGCUGUUUCUGUUCACACACAUACAGCUCACCCAGGGGAAUGCUGGGUAAUUUUUUUGGAACUUUGUGCAUGUCUGAAAGGGUCAAAUGUACCAACAAGGUCUAAGUGCUGCGUCCUUUCCAGUUGUGGCUCACGUCUGCAUUUGAACAUCUACAUGGCUUUUUCUCUGGGCAAGAGAAUACAAAACAGCUUUUACUACUAAGAGACAGGACACAGAGGUUUAAGACUUCUUACAGGACAUUACCCCACCAAUGGAUACAAAACUGACCGUCUGUGGGAAAGUGGAUGCAGAGAGAUCUCUGACUAGAAACGCUGGCACACCAUCACCUCUACACGCCAACAUUAACAGUGCCUCCUAAGAACAUGUUUCCUGCCGCCACACUGAUCGUGAUCAGAUGACACUCCUGACACUCCUGACCGUGUGGACACGCUUCUUUUUCUCAGAGAAAACAAGUGGGUAGAAAACUAUGAUUGUCAAAUAUCUUUAUGUUGGGGUCACUAGUUAAAUAUUUGUAUGAGCCUGCUCCACUUGUUGAUAUCCAGUAGGCUCAAUCAUUCGUAAACCUCCUUACACUCAGUUAUAUGCAUUAUAAUUUUCUAAUGGGACAAUCAAGAGCAUUUUAAACACUCCCAAAGCUUGAUUCAAGAAAACACUUUUAAUACACAUCCCGUGUCAAAUUAGAUAUUCACAUAUUCAACUCACCAAGUCUGCAUAUUUCUUGCACAAAGCAGCCAGUUUUUCCUCGGGGGUGGCCAGUGAGUUCAAAGCCUGCAUUAAAAGAACGACCUCUUUCCCUGAAAGCAAAGAAGAAGAGAGUGUCUUUUUAAAAGGACUGAAACCACGAGAACUGUGGAAAUCCUCAUUAAACAUGAGACGAAAGAGGAGCAUGCUUCAUUCAGCCUAUUCAGUACACUGUAAGGUUCCUACCAAAAGCCUGGUCCUCUCCAGUCUUGGGGUCUCCUCCAGGGUCAAGCUCUGCCUCCCCAAGGUCACUAGGACUGUCUUCUCUGCCGGGUGUCUCACCUCUUUCCUCUUCAGCGCAGCACAACCCCAAAUCAAACUCUGCUACCUCCUGCGAAUGACAACACAAAUCCAGAUGACUGAAAUACAGAAAGUUCCAAAACCAGUUCCAUCCCAGUAUCUGGGCCUUUAGGGCCUUGGUUCUUGGUUCUUUUAACUGCCAAUAACAAUGCACAGUUUGGUUCCUUACCUCUGCCUGUUGGGUUCUGGCAGAAAGGUGUCUGUAGCAUUAAGUAUGACAAACUCAAAAAUACUCAACUAUCUGCCCAGAUAACACCUGUGCUGUUUCAAUGGUGGGAUUGUGUAAUCCCAGAUUUUACCUGAGAUGGACUGUCCAGGUCUGGUGGAGAAUCACUGCCUCCCACUAUUCUUCUGGUGCCCACAUCAAUCUCACAAACUCCAGCUGUCUCCAUGGGUUCUGAUCACAGGCUGGAAAAUCAGAGAAAGUGAAGCGUUAUGAGUGAAACUGUUGCAUAAACAAACAUUACAGAGAAAUACAAAAAAAUGUGUCAGGUACCAGGAAAGACAUAACAUGAAGUUCAGCAAUGUCUUCCAAAUGGAGAAUGACUCAUAGUGACACAAGGGCCAUAAAAAAAGCAGUUGACAACUCUAUAAACCUUCAAGACCUUUUUUUUCUCCAAUCAAUUGAUCGUGAUGAGCUUUUUUAUCACACCGUUUGCAAUAAAAACCCAGUUGUUGUUGUUUUCUCUCUCUCUUUUCCUGACUGUGUCAAUCUUCUGAGUGCUGCACCAGUCUGCAGCACUCAGUGUGACGACGAGCCAAAGUCUAUCAGUCUAUUAAACGUGUUGCAUUAGCCUGUCAAGAGAACAACCAGAGUGUUAUUAGAGAGCAGUGCUGCCCAGAUUCACGCACACUGUGAGAAUCCUCUCAGAGAGCUCGGAGCUCAGAAAACCCUCAGCUGAUUCUAAAGAGUGAUUUAGUAACUGGGAGCAAGCGUUACUCAGAGUGGAGGUGUGGCUGACCCCGUUACUAAGUAUGACAUGUUCUUUCAAAAGCUGUGAUUUACAGAUCGAGAAAAAAAGAGUCCAUAAAAACUUGAUUAAAAAAAGAAAAACUCUAAAAAACAAGUGUAGAAGAAUUGUACAAUUUAUCAGCAAGAUGGCAGAGUCUAUUCAGUCACUGUUUGUCGGAUUUAUAACAACAUUGGAUUUUAGCUGACACCUGAUAUGUUGGUUUCUUCAAACUCAUUUUGGGGGAAUACUGAUACCGACGUACACAUUGUAAAGAAUGGCUGAUAUAUGUGCAGAAAGUUUCACGCUUUCCAUUGCCAACAAUUACC